AUGCCAUCCAUGUAUGCUAACACGGCCACGGCGUGCGCAGAAGACCGCGUGCGCAAGUUCCAGAAGACGGGCGACGAGGGCUGCCGGGUGCGCUCCACGGGCGCCGCCAAUGCCUUCACCACCACCACCCCCCAAGCCCCGUCCACCGCGCCGCCCCCAUCAUCGUCGUCUGCUGCCGCCGCCGCCGCCGCCCUGCCGCCCUCCUCAUCUCGGCCGCUUCCCUCGUCCACGACGUCUGCUCCCGGACGCGGGCGGGGCAAGGUGCCGCUGGGUCCGCGCGAGCGUCCCCACGACUUCUCCAAACACUGUCGCGCUCCUCGUUGCCCUCCAAGCCGCCGCCUUGGCCGCCGACGCCGUUGA